UACAGGGAUAUUUGUCAGAUCAGAACUGGGAAGCGAGGAAACUCUUUUCUCUAGUUCCCACACACUCUCCCACACUCUCCAAUGAACUGGCACACAUGCAGCACUGACACGCGGGGAGAGCCCUCUUUCUCAUUUCUCAAUCCUCCCCCUCUCACUGAUCUUGAUCCCUCAAUCCUUGACGCGACAUUCAGCCUUGAAAUUUAGACGCGGAGUUUGGAGGCGCGCUAGUUUGGCAUUGAUUUCUAGCUAUCCAGUCCCUUGACUGGACUUCGAACCAGUGAUCAUUUCAUUUCUUUCCAGAGAUAGGGGCGGAGCCCAACGACGAUUUGUGACCCCAUGCAGGAAAUACAUUCCAUCGGAGGCGGUGGAUUUUUCGACGGCGGUGGCGGUGGAGCUGGCGGAGGAGACAGGAGAGUGAGGCCGCACCACCACCAGAACCAGCAGGCCUUGAAGUGCCCGCGGUGCGACUCCCUCAACACCAAGUUCUGCUACUACAACAAUUACAACCUCUCCCAACCCCGCCAUUUCUGCAAGAACUGCCGUCGAUACUGGACCAAAGGUGGCGUCCUCCGCAAUGUCCCCGUCGGGGGAGGAUGCCGUAAAUCCAAGCGCUCCAAGCCCAAAACCAGUUCCUCUUCAGAACGUCCUCCCACGCCGAUUCGACCCCCGGCGCCGCCCCCGCCACAAGAGCACCACAAGUCCACCUCUCACUCCAGCAGCGAAAGUUCCAGCCUUACCGCCGCCGCCACGGAAGCGUUAUCGGCGCCCUCCUCGUUGAACCGCGAGCUGCUCCCCAGUCAGACUUCAAACCCCAAUUUGGACUCGGGAUUGAUGGAGCAAAGCGGGGAUUGCGGUAUUUUCUCGGAGAUAGGGAGCUUGACGAGCCUGAUCAACACAACGAGCGAAGCAUUGUCGUUCGGCUUCGGGAAUAUUCCGGAGGCGACGUCGUUCCGGUUCAGCAGUACUGCUCAGCCAGAAGGGAUGGCCGGGAACGAGUUAUUGUCGGGGGAGUGGCAAGCACAGCAAAAAGAGACGGCGAUGAGCGACUUGAUUUCACAGCAGGAGCUGAAGUUGCCGGAGAUCACACCGGGGUCACUGCUUGAUCCGACGGCUCCGGUUGAUUUGUCGGCGUUGCAGAGCAAAAACGAGAACGGAGGUUUCGGGUCGCUGGAUUGGCAGGGAUGCUCGGACCAAGGUCUGUACGACCUGCCUAACACCGUAGAUCACGCUUACUGGAGUCACACUCACUGGACGGAUCAAGAAAAUCCCAGUCUCUUCCAUCUUCCGUGAUAAGCUUCUGUCCAAGCUUCGAGUAACUUUUUUUUUUCUUUUUUCUUUUUAAGUUAAAAAAGGAAGCAAAGGAAAUUUGAAAAUAAACCCAAAAAAGCAACCAAAAGCCGAAAGGAUUUGCCAUAAUUAUGAGGUGUAAAAUUUUCUUUUCAUGGUUACUAUUUUUCUUCAGAAGAUGUUCGCGGGGGUUGAUGCUAGUGAUGAUGUGCACGUACAACUAACUGGUAUGGCAGGUUUUCUCUAAUAUAUAUAUAUUUUUUGAA